GGACUGUAGGGGAAGGAGGAGGUGGGAAUAAGGAUGCAUUGCUUGUGCACAGUGGAAGCAGCAGGGAGUGCAGCAGCGUCUGUGAGAGGGAAAAAAAGAACCUGUACGGAAUGGAAGAGCGAUAGAGCUACUCUGUCGGUAUUGUCAAGACUCCCACCACAGCCAUUAUCACGCUGGAUUCCGUGUUAAUGGUAGAGAGUCAUAACAGCCCUGAGAUGCCCAAAGGACCAGCUGUGUGUAUGUGGUGCCAGCUCUGAUAUGACGCUGAGAGCACGAGGGGCGUCUACCUCUCUCAUACUGCUGCUGCUGCCGUUGCUGAGCUGGAGCCACCUGUGCCACUCACUACGUGUACCAAAACUGUCAUCCUAUGCAAAAGCAGAGGACAAGCUGUUUAAAUAUCUCUUUGGAAACUACCAGAAAUGGGUCCGUCCUGUGGAAUAUCUAAACCAGACGAUCUGUGUGAAGUUUGGGCUGGCUAUCUCCCAGCUAGUUGAUGUGGAUGAGAAAAAACAACUAAUGACAACAAAUGUUUGGAUGAAACAGGAAUGGAUUGAUAUGAAACUUCGAUGGAACCCUGAGGACUAUCAGGGCAUCACAACCAUUCGCAUCCCAUCUGACAGAAUCUGGAUCCCUGAUGUUGUACUGUAUGAUAAUUCAGAUGGACGGUUUGAAGGAACUGUCACUAAGGCUGUUGUUAAGUAUGAUGGAACCAUAUCUUGGACUCCACCAGCAAAUUACAAGUCCGCCUGCACCAUUGACGUCACCUUCUUCCCUUUUGAUCUCCAGAACUGUUCAAUGAAGUUUGGAUCUUGGACCUAUGAUGGCUCCCAGGUGGACAUCAUUCUGGAGGAUUUCCAUGUUGACAAGCAAGACUAUUUUGACAAUGGAGAGUGGGAGAUAGUAAAAGCCACAGGCAGCCGCGGUCUGAGGACUGAUGACAGCAGCACCUAUCCCACCAUCACCUACUUCUUUAUUAUUCGCAGGUUGCCUCUUUUCUACACCCUCUUCCUCAUCAUCCCCUGCAUUGGCCUGUCCUUCCUCACCAUUCUUGUCUUUUAUCUUCCCUCAAAUGGUGGCGAGAAGAUUUGUCUCUGCACCUCUGUACUAGUGUCACUCACCGUCUUCUUAUUGGUCAUUGAGGAGAUCAUCCCGUCUUCUUCGAAGGCAAUCCCUCUCAUUGGAGAAUACCUGGUUUUCACCAUGAUCUUUGUCACACUUUCUAUCAUCAUCACUGUGUUUGCUAUCAACAUCCACCAUCGCUCUUCCUCUACACAUCAUGGCAUGGCACCUUGGGUGAGGAGGAUUUUCCUUCAUCGUCUGCCUAAACUGCUGUGCAUGCGCAGCCAUGUGGACCGUUAUGCCCCUGCUGGAGUGGGAGGAGCUGCAGGACCAGGAUCAUUAAAGGACUCUGCGUCUGAACUCACUCCUCUCCGUUAUUCACGUCACAACUUCAAAGCAGCUUUGGAGUCUAUUCGCUAUAUAACCAUGCAUGUUGUAAAAGAAAAUCAGGCCAGAGAGGUGGUUCAGGACUGGAAGUUUGUAGCCCAGGUUCUGGAUCGAAUGUUUUUGUGGGCCUUCCUCCUGGUGUCAGUCUUUGGCUCUGCUCUCCUCUUUAUUCCAGUUAUUUACAAAUGGGCCAGCAUCAUUGUCCCUAUCCAUGUUGGAAGUACUCUCUGAAAAACCAACAGUUCAUUUUACCACAAAAGGAAGGACAUCACAUUAACAGCUCUUGUUUGAAAGACACUGAGAAAACAUUCAGAUAACAGUCUUACUCUGCAGCUAAUCUGUAAGCUGCAGCUGUGUCAGAGAUCAUGGAGAUACACACAUCGUGUCUCGAAUUAAGCUGGAAAUGCCAUAAAUUAAAGGAUUUUUAAAGAGGACACGUGCAUGCAAAACACAAUGUAUUUGUAACAGUGCUCUCGAUGCACAGCAUUCUUCCAAAAAUGUGCAAAAAGAGGAGCUGCUCAAAGCUUGAAGAAAUACAUUUUAAUUGUGAUAAAACACAAAAUUAUUGUGGAAAUCUCAUAGAGAACAACGUCAUGACCGUUUGUACAGUAUGUUUAGAAAAUACAAAUUGUACCAGAGCAUGGGGUGCCAAAUAUUCUUUUUAUGAGAGUACAGAUGAUUUUAAAGAAUAUCCUUUUCACUCUGUCCCUAUUCCACUGAAAUAAACUUCAGUAUAACAAAACA